AUGUCAAAAUUAGCCAUUGAAACAAAACAAAAACUUGCAGUUGCAAAUUUAGAAAAAAAAAUUGAAAAUUCAAUCCAACCUGGAUCAGUUAAUAUUUUUACAGGUAUUGAAAUACCAGUUGGUUGGUCUCUUUGUGAUGGAGCUCCAUUAAAUAAAUUAACAUAUCCAGAAUUAUAUCGACAAAUUGGAGAUGCAUUUGGUUCAAGUGAACAUGAAUUUUCAAAACCAGAUUUUCGUGGUAAAUGUCCAAUAGGUGCAGGAAAUGGAGUUGGUUUAACAAAUCAUCUUUUAACAGUUUCAGAAUUGCCAUCUCAUGAUCAUCCCGUAAUUGACCCAGGUCAUACAUGGCAUUCUAUUGGAGGUGGUUUCAGUAGUGGUCCUCAUGGAAGUAGAGGUGAGUCACACAAUAUUAUGCAACCAUAUAUAACCAUUAAUUUUAUUAUUAAAUUGGGGAAAAAAGUAAUUAUUAUAGAUCAAAAUGUAAAUAGUACAGAAUACUAA